AUGGAUGCGCAAGAGGGAGUCAAUAGUCGAGACGAGCGAACGCCUCUGCUGAUCCAGACCCGACCUCCAUCAUGUUACUCUGUUUCGCACGACAGUCGAAGCGAAACAAGCACACAAUGUAGCUCACCAGUAGAACCUGCACCAUUAAAUAAGGUCUCGAAAGCCGACCUUGUAUGGGUGCUAUUGGGCCUGUGGAGUGCAGUCUUCCUUGGGGCACUUGAUGGGACAAUCGUAGCGACGCUUCUAACGCCUAUUGGCUCAAGCUUCAACAAAUCAAAUCAGGCAUCCUAUAUUGGAACAUCCUAUCUUCUCUCCGUAUGCUGCUUCACCCCGCUCUAUGGCCGUCUCUCUGACAUUUUGGGACGUAAAGGUGCCAUGCUGUUGGCACUCUCGCUCUUCGGCUCCGGAACAAUCUUCUGUGGGCUAGCUCCCUCUAUGGAGGCCCUGAUUGCUGCUCGAGCUGUUGCUGGCAUGGGUGGAGGAGGAGUAAUGACAGUGUCUAGCGUGGCUGUCACCGACCUGAUUCCACUGAAGCAACGUGGUCUUUAUCAGGGCAUGGCAAACAUGUAUUCUUUUUCAGGGGCGGGACUCGGCGGCCCCCUCGGAGGCUGGCUGAAUGAUUCUUUCGGCUGGAGAUCGGCUUUCCUCGUACAGAUCCCAAUUCUGGCCCUGUCGACCAUUCUCGUAAUUACAAAGGUCGACAUCAAGCUUCCCCCCGAGGUACAGAAUCGGACGACCUACGAGAAGGUCCGCCGGAUUGACUUUUUAGGUUCGGUUACGCUUGUCGGAACGGUUGGAACGCUGCUUCUCGGAUUCAGUUUGAAGUCGACAGAAGAGAUACCCUGGUCGCAUCCCCUUAUCUGGGGACUCUUUGUCAUUAGUGCGAUUUGUGGUGUGGCAUUUGUAUAUGUAGAAACCCACAUCGCACCAUUCCCGGUGAUGCCGAUGCAUCUGAUUACCCGUCGGACACCACUUUUCGUUUCAUUGUCUAAUUUGUAUGUUCCGGUUCUCCACGCUCUGUUUAUUAAGCCAGCUCAUAUCCGCAUAGCUUCGGGAUACUUCUCGGCAGUUCGCAUGACCAGCUCUAAAGACGCAGGUCUUCAUUUACUUCCUCACUCAGUAGCAAUCUCUACUGGAAGUGUUUUCGCCGGAUGGAUUAUGCGCAAGACCGGGAAGCUGUACUUCCUAACACUCACAUCCGCCGCGGCCGCUGUAACUGCAACAGUCUCUAUAUGCUUCUGGAAUUCCAACACAAGCACGUGGCACCUUUGGUUCGAUAUCUUCCCGCAAGGGUUUGGAAUGGCAAGUCUGAUCACGACAACGCUCAUUGCGAUGAUAGCCGGAGUCUCCAAGGAAGAUUUAGCUGUUGCGACAGGAAUCACAUACCUGUUCCGAACGACAGGCCAAGUCAUUGGGGUUUCCUUGAGCGGGGCUGUAUUACAGGCUGUUCUUCUCAAAGCACUGCAAGAGAAAAUUACAGUGCCUAAUGCUGGCAUCAAUCUUCGUUCGCUCAUGUUACUAUUUGCGGACAGACACUCAACAGAAGUUAUUCCCUCCCUUGAACCCUCGCUACAAAAAGCAGCAAUAGAUUCUUACGCUCGCGCGUUGAACGUCGUAUUCAUUUGUCAAGCCGCUAUGAACUUUCUCGCAUUUCUGUGUACACUACCAAUCCAAGAAAAUCCCCUUCCGUACGUCAGAGUGUUCCAACGCCUCAAUUUCUUUUCCCCUUCGUGCACAUGCUGA